AUGUCUUCGGAUAAAGAGUCACCACCAACUUCGAUAGAGCACACUCAUAUUUCAGUCCAAUCAGAGAUAGGAGUGGGGCGUCAAUCUUCCCCUUCAAUAAGUGAAGGGCUAAGUAAAAAUCAACAAGAUAUAAACAAACUGACAGAAGAAAUGUUUUUUAAAGUGGCUGAUUAUUUAAAAGGAGAGAUCCUAGCUACAACUGAAGAUUACAAGCUUUUAGAAACAAUGAACAAAGUUACGCGAGAACGGUAUCAAGAAAUGUCUAAAAUGGCACAAAAUUUGGUUGUAGAGAUGGCUAACUUUCAAAGAAUUUAUACUAGCUUCGAACCGUAUAUUCAACAAAUUGAUGAAAUAUGUGAACAAGUUGAUUUUUUGGAAAAGGUUACUAAUGAAUUAGACGAAUAUUCAAAAGAAUUGGUUGUUACAAAAAUGGCAUCGAAACUAGAUAUCAAUGCAUCCGUUAAUAGUGAUAAUGUCAGAGAAGAAUUAUCCUAUUUACGACACUUUUUAAAAACUGUCCAAGAAAGUAUCGAAAAAAUCGAGACAGACGUAAAGGGGCUUUUUAAAUCGAAAAAGGACCAGGCUCACGGAAUAAGAAUGAUACUUAUGGGGCCACCUGGCGCCGGUAAAGGAACUCAAUCUCCAAGGAUCAAAGAGAAGUUUUGUGUUUGUCAUUUAGCUACUGGUGAUAUGUUACGAUCUCAAGUAGCUGCAAAAACAAAACUUGGUUUGGAAGCCAAAAAAAUCAUGGAUGCCGGAGGUCUGGUGUCUGAUGAAAUAAUGGUAGGAAUGAUCCAAAAUGAAUUACAAAAUAAUCCAGAGUGUUUCACCAAACUGGUCCUCUCCCUUUGUGUUUGUUGCUAUCACGUCAUUUACUAUGACAGUUUUAUUCUAGAUGGAUUUCCUCGUACAGUACCUCAAGCAGAAAAACUUGAUGCCAUGCUUGAAAAAGAUAAAAAAAAACUUGAUCAUGCUGUCGAAUUAAUAAUUGAUGAUAAUUUAUUGGUUUCACGUAUCACUGGUCGUUUGAUUCAUCCAUCUAGUGGUAGAACGUAUCAUAAAAUUUUCAAUCCACCAAAAGUUCCUGGUAAAGAUGAUGUAACUGGAGAACCAUUAAUUCAACGUGCAGAUGACAAUGCUGAAACCUUAAAGAAACGUUUAGCGACUUAUCAUAAGCAAACUGCUCCCGUGGUAGACUAUUAUAAACAAAAAAAUAUUUGGUCUGGUGUAGAUGCAUCUCAAAAUCCUGAG